GGUAAGUUAAGGGUUUGUUUGUCUGAACACUUUCUGAUUUUUCAUACCUUUUUUUUUUCCUAGGUUUUUUCUUUCAUUAUUCAUACCUUACUAUGUUAAGCCUUUUUUAAAGAGAAAAUAAAAAUACCUCAUUUUGUUUUUUCUAUUUUCAUAAAAUGUACAUAAAACCAAACACACCCUCUUCUUCUUCUUCGUUUUUUUUUCUCUUUAUUUCUCUCUCCAUUAAUCAUAAAAACUUGAAGUUUAAUUUCUCCACCAAAAUCUUUACUCUACUUAUGGCAACCGUUAGCAUUUCAACUCUUUCUUCUUUCUUCCAAACUCGGCAUAACCAUUAAAGCUCGAAACUUCGCGUUUUUUUUUUCAAAAAUUAAAAAAAAAACCCUUUAUUAAAAAAAAAAAAGGAUUUCAAUAUUAUUCUAAGGUUUUUUGAUAGGUAAUCUCCCAAAAAAAUGGGGGCAAAUAUAUUAGGUACAAUUCUUCAAAAAAAAAAAAGUUGGAUGUUUUUUUAGUUUACUUUUUAAUUUAUGUAAAAAUGGCUACUAAUCAUCAUCAAUUAAUGGAGGAGAAAUCAUCUUCAUCAACAAACUUUUGUUAUUCAGAUGUUCAUCAUUUAGGAGUUAGUCAUCAUCUUCAAAAUUUUGAAUCAAACCCUGAAAUUUACAACUUAACUAGUGGUAUAGAAAUGAUAGGGUUUCAACCUAAACCUCAGAGUUUAAUAUCCGGCGUUGCGCAACCAGAUGAACAACAACAACGUCAUCAGCAACAGCAGCAACAAGAGAUGGGGUUUAUUGAUGAUUCAUCUUUAAGGCCUUGUGUUUUCCCUUGUGAAGGUAAUGAGAGGCCUAGUCAAGGCCUUUCGCUUUCGCUCUCAUCUUCUAAUCCAUCCACUAUUAGCCUCCAAUCCUUUGAGCUUAGACAUAAUAAUCUUCAUCAUCAUGGCCAAAGAUUUGAUCUUUCCUCCCCGUCUUCGAAUACUCGAGACGGGUUUUUGGGAAAGUCUCAAUCUUUUCAUCAUCUUCAACAACAUCAAGAUGAGCAACACCAUCAACAACAACAACAACAUGAGAAUUCUAGUGGUGGUGGUAGUAUGGGUAUACAAUUUGAAAUGAUGAGGAAUUCUAAGUAUAUGGGGCCCACUCAAGAGCUUUUGAGUGAGUUCUGUAAUCUUGGAACAAAGGGUUAUGAUGAUGAUUUACAAAGGAAACUGUCUAAGAAGAAGAGUAAAGAGCAAUGGGAUUUCGAAGGAGGGGGUAACGACAACGAUGAUGAUCGUAGUCGUAACCCCAAUAAUAACAAUAAUAAUAAUAACAAUAAUAAUGCGAGUAGUAGUUCCAAUGUUAAUCCAUCAUUGUAUGGUGUUAGUCUAUUGGAAUUGCAGAAGAGGAAGACAAAGUUGCUUAGCAUGUUGGAAAAGUUGGACAGAGGAUACAAGAACUACUGUGAGCAAAUGAAGGGAGUAGUGUCUUCCUUUGAGGCAGUGGCCGGGGCGGGCGCAGCGGAUACAUACUCUGCCUUAGCCUCCAGGGCAAUGUCAAGGCAUUUCAGGUGUUUAAGAGAUACAAUUGUAGCUCAAAUUAAGGAAACCAAGAAAGCAAUGGGAGAAAAAGAUAAUGCAACAGUUUUAGGAACAACAAGAGGUGAAACUCCAAGACUUAGGCUUUUAGACCAAAAUUUGAGGCAACAAAGAGCUUAUCAACAAAUGACCUUAAUGGAGGCUCAUCCUUGGAGACCUCAAAGAGGCUUGCCUGAACGUUCCGUUUCGAUUCUUCGUGCUUGGCUCUUUGAGCAUUUCCUACACCCGUAUCCAAGCGACGUCGAUAAGCACAUCUUAGCACGCCAAACCGGUCUUUCAAGAAGCCAGGUGUCUAAUUGGUUUAUUAAUGCGAGAGUGAGGCUUUGGAAGCCAAUGGUAGAGCAAAUGUACCUAGAGGAGACCAAAGAGGAGCAAGACAAGAACAUGGGCUCCUCCUCCGAUGGUGGUACCGAGCAUCAACCGUCUACUACGGAUCAUCUCGGCGGCCUUAUCCACCACCAACAACCACCACAAGAACAAAAACCGGACCCUGAUCAACUCAUCCGGAUUGAUCCGGACUCACUUUCCUCCAUUGUCAACACCACCACCACGGCCUCCUCGAGUAGGGGUGACACUCAGAAUAGGAUGAGUCAAUUAAAUUUCCAACAAAAUGGUCAAUUUAUUGGCAGGGUUGAGGGUUUUGGUUCAGUGGAUCAUUUUGAUUUUCCAUCAUCGUCAUCAUACAACCAACAACACCAUGCAGCAAAUUAUGGGAGUACUUCUCAAAAUGACAAUAAUACCCCUCACCAAGGCUUUGGUGGUGGCAACAAUGUGUCAUUGACAUUAGGGUUGCAACAACAUGGUGGUAAUGGGGUGAGCUUAGCGUUUUCGCCCGCGUCUCAGGCAGCAGCUUCUCUAUUCUACCCUAGAGAACAUAAUAUGGAAGAUUGUCAACCUGUUAAUCAUCAGUACUCUCUCUUGGAUGAAAAUCAAGGGCAGAACAAUUUGCCUUACAGGAACUUGAUGGGUGCACAAGUACUCCAUGAUUUCGCCUAAUCGCCCGUUGUUGAUUAUAUUAUAUUAUGAGAGAUCAUCAUCAUCCAAAUGAAAUGAAACUCUUGGGAACUCGGUUGGAUCAAAUAUAUGGGGUAAUUCAUAUUUUGAGGUUUAAUUAAUUUCUUAGUUUGUAAGGAAUCUUAUACUAAGUAGGUAUAGGUUAAUUAGGUAUUAAGCUAGAUGGAGUCAAUUUAAACUAGUGAUUCUAUAUUUAUCUAUAAUACUCCAUGAUAUAUUGAUACAUGCAUACAUAUAUAUUUAUGUAGCUAAACAAUGGGAGGUGAAACUAAAAUAUAAAUGGGAGUUAUCAUGGACUAUAUUGCGUGUAUGUUA